GAAGCACUCGUCAGGAGACCUCCACUCGCGCCUCAAAACCAGGAAGAUCCUCGGCGUCGGAGAAACGGACAAUGGAGAUAUUCACAGGUCGAAGAUCUCACAGGUGUUGGGCCACAAUGAGCACCUCUACGUCAAGCUCCCCAAGGGCUUCUGGAGCGCUCACGUGAUCAUGGGCGCGGGCGUAACCAUGGAGGCCGUUCUGCUCCUUCUCGCGCCCUCCAUCGCCUCGUCUUUGGGCGUGACGCCGCAUCUGGAUGAGGACGCCACGCCCGCCGCUCGGGUCGCUGGCGCCGCCUUGGCCGGUCUGUGUGUGUUCGUCUGGUCACUCUUGGGAACCUCAGACAAGCACUACGCUCGGACGAUGCUACUGUCCAUGAUAACCUACCACGUCCUCGCUGUCUGCGUAGCUGGUGCCGCCGCCUUCACCGAGGACGACGCGGACGCCGUGGAUGAGUACCGCCUGGCAAUGGUCGUGGCCCUCCGAGCAGCUAUGUGUCUCCUUUGCUUAGCCUACUUCUACUCCAUCGCUGGUUACACCCCUAUACGUGGACAGAAACCAUCUGGCUUCCCGCAGUCCAGCUGUAGCCGUAAAGAAAAUUGAGGAAAGAUGGCCCAGUGGGUGUAUGGAGAUGAGGGCCUUGGUUGGUGGGGUUGAAAAAGUAAUAGGUAUUUCAACCUACAUAGUGAAGGGAGGGUCCAAGGUGGUCUUGGAAAUUCAUAGAAAAAAUAAAUACAGUAUCUGGAUUUUUUUUUUCGUUUUCUGUUUUUUGAGGUAACAGAGAAUAUAAAUUUUCCAGAUUAUUUUUGCUUUUAUAAAAUUUUAUGAAAGAAGUUUGGGGGAUGUUUGCAAGCACUUUUUUAUGCCCUUUUUUUAAGUUCUCAAGGAAUAAAAUUCAAUUUUUGAUGGGGGUGAAAGUUAUUUUACAAGAUCUCAUAUUCAUUAUGACUUACAUGUCCAAUAUAACCAAGAGAUAUAUACCCCAUAAAGAAUCAUGUGUUUGACAGCUAACACAAAAAUUUGCCAAUGAAUGGCAAUUCCUAUAUAGAAGAAGCAAAGCCAGUAUAGAUUUUUCUUUUGAAAUGCUAUGUGUAUAUAUUUUUCAUAGAGAGGCUUUAUUGUAAUUUGACAGUCAUAAAAAUGUCACAUCCAUAAAAGAGCAACAGAAGUAUGCCAGAUGUGGCACAGCUCACAGAAAUCUGCAUUUGUGCUUGCAUAAAUAACAGCUUUUUAACAGCUCCCACACUACAGAUGCCAUGAUAAUGCAUCAUUUGCUUAUCGCAGAAUAUAAAGUGAGAUAUGAAGUAGUUCUGAUAUAUGGUAACUGUGUAGUAAUGAUUUAUGCAAAUGCUAGGAUGGCCAUACGAACCAUACAGCUACAAGGGCAAGAAAUGUGCAAAGAUAAAUUGCUUUUUUUCUCCUUUUUUUCCAGCAAAAAGAUGAUUAAUCAGAUGGUUGUCACUAAUUUCUUUCAGACAAAGUCAUCAUAACAUAAAUAAUCUGAUAUAGAUCAUCAUUCCUCAAAAAGAAGUCAUUUCAUUUUAUGUAUAGUUCAUGGAAAGUCCUUAAGUGUUUUGAUAGAUGUAAUUGUAAGGAAUGACUUUCAGUAGAUGAUUCAUUGUCUUAAUUGUUGCUGUAUUUUACCAAAACAGUCAUACAAGACAGACUUUGACUAUAUCUAUGUGUAACUUAUUGAAUGGUUGUCUUGAGUGUUGCCAUCAGGGUGGUAGGUUAAAAGAAGCACUAUCUUGCUGUUGUUGUGGUCAUAGUGUUAUUAAAGUAAUCUGCACAGUGUUUCUGUGGAAAAGUAGCUCAUAUCUGUAUAUCUGUUAAAUGUGAGGCCUCAUUGGUUUGCUUUGUGUGUUCAAAAUUCCUAUCUGAUUAUAAAAGAAGAAAUGACAAAUACAUAUUUCCUUGAUUUUUUUUUUCUUUUCUUUUUGACUUCAGUGAAUUAAACGAUCGUACUGAUUUUUUAUGACCUUGAGAGUAUAUUUUAAAAUAGUUUAAUAUUAGUCUUUAUAACUCCUAUAUAUAGUUGGCUCAUAUUUGCUGCCCUAUCAGAAAUCUAGCAUUUUAUAUGUUAGGUAGAUUUAUAUACUGUCACUAAAAGUAUGAAAAUACAAUGAAAAAAGUACCAUGACUGUGUGAUGUACUCUGACCAAUUAUUGAAUUUACAGUAUUUCUGAGAAAGAUGGAAAUGGAAGGAAUUAUAUGAUGAAUAUUUUUGGUAUAUUAAAAUUGUUAUAACAAGUAGGUAAUAUGUUUUUGAAUAUGUUGCUUUUGGAUACAAAAAAAAAAGAUUCUGUUGAUAUUUUCAUGUACUCUUAAUAAUCUACUGUUUAUUUUACA